AAGGAGUUGGAGAAUGAUGUCAGCUACCAAGAAACAAUCAAGAGCAGUAAUGGAAAAAAAGGACAGUUGCAACCAAGUAGUGGAAAUUUUGCAGACUCUCCCACAGUGGGUCGGCCUUUAACUUCUUCUGGAGUAAGUAAACGUGUGCGUUUGUUUCAUGAAUGUGCACGUUUAUAUGUUUGUUGAAUGGAUGUGUAGAGUUGAUUUAUGGGCAGCACGGUGGUUCAGCUGCUAAAAGCGUUGGCCUCACAGUUCUGAGGACCCGGGUUCAAUCCCGGAGCGCAUGUGUGGAGUUUGCACGUUCUCCCCGUGCCUGCGUGGGUUUUCCCUGGGGCCUCCGGUUUCCUCCCUCAUCUCAAAAACAUGCAAAGUUAAUUGGACACUCUAAAUUGCCCCAAGGUGUGAUUGUGACUGCGGCUGCUUUCUGUCUCCAUGUGCCCUGCGAUUGGCUAAUGACAUGUUCAGUUUGUACCCCGCCUCCUGCCCGUUGACAGCUGGGAUAGGCUCCAGCUGCGACCCUCGUGAGGAUAAGCGGCCAAGCAAAUGGAUGGAUAGUUGUUUUAUGUUGGUGUGUAUGUGGCAAGUGUCAUGUUUGCGCCCAUGUGUGUGAAGAUGUGCAUAUCUCUUGUGUGUCUAUUGGUUGUUCCUGUGUGUCGUAUGUGUUCACACAUAUCUUGUGUCUGUUUUUGCUCCGACGUGUGUCUCGUGUGUGUGUGUGUGUGUGCAUGCAUAUUUUUUUUACUUUUAUCUAUUUAUUGUGUAAUUUACGUGUGUGUGUAGAUGUGCGUAUCUCUUGUGUGUCUGUCCGUUGUUCUUGUCGUGUGUAUUCACACAUAUCUUGUGUCUAUGUUUUUGUUCCCGUGUGUGUGUGCACAUUAUGUAUGUGUGCGCAUCAUUUCUGUCAUGUUUUUGUGUGUGUGUGCAUGCAUAUUUUUUAUUUUAUAUUUGAAUACCUGUCUAUCAACUGUGAUUUCUGGAUUUGUGUGUGUGUGUGUGUGUGUGUGUGUGUGCGCAUGCAUGCAUGCAUAUUUUUUUUACUUUUAUGUAUGUAUUGUGUUAUUUUUUUUGUGUGUGUGUGUGUGUGUCUCUCUCUCUCUCUCUCUCUCUCUCUCGUGUGUGGGUUGUUACAUAUCCAUGGACACGUCAACAAAAUAAUGACCACUUAUUUUUGCUGCCAGUCUCGUACUCCCAUGCCGUCAUCGGCACCCCUGGGAGGAAGAUGCAGAUGAUACAUUUACACUAUAAAUGAUUGAAUACAGCAGAGCGGAGCAGCUCGUCCCAUAUCUGCAAUUAGCGCUGCGGGUUAUUCCUCCUCGACCACACGAUGCCCAACAUAUGAUCCUCUGGGCCAAUCCAGAGGUCCCGCACCCCCACUGGAAGAGAAGAAAGACGACACGCCGGAGGAGAAGAUCAAACUCCUGGAGAAGAAGGUCAAUGACUUGAUCACAGAGAGCUGCUUGGCGCAAAGCAUGGGCAACUCACAACUGGCUCUAGAGAAGGCCAAAGAGGCCGAGAGGAUGGAGCGAGCGCUAGAGAGGCAGAGGGAGCAGUCCCGAAAGGCCGAGCAUAUCAACGUACAUCUCACCUACGCUGUUCUGCUCAACCUUGCUAACCAGUAUGAAAACAACGAGAUGUAUCCGGAGGCUCUGAGCAGCUACCAGCUCAUCGUCAAGAACAAGAUGACCAACGCCGGACGCCUGAAGGUGAACAUGGCCAACAUCUGGGUGAAGCAGAAGAACUACCCCAAAGCCAUCAAGUUGUACCGCAUGGCGCUGGACCACAUCUCGGACGACUACAAGGAGAUGAGGAUCAAGAUCAUGCAGAACAUCGGCACGGUCUUCGUGCUGCUGGGCCAGUACUCGGAAGCCAUCGCGUCCUUUGAGCACAUCAUGAGGAAGAGCCCCAACAUCAGGACCGGCUACAACCUGGUCCUCUGCUACUAUGCCACACGGGACGCCGACGGGAUGAAGAACGCCUUCCACAAACUCCUCGCCGUGCCCCUCGACGUGCAGAACGAAGACAAGUACAUCGCCGCCAACGAUGACAUCAAAUCCAACAUGUUGAUGGAGGUCAUCAAAAACGACAAACUUCACCAAAUGGAGCGAGACUUGAAAGCCCGAGCCGAGAGGUACGUUAUGACCUCCGCCAAGCUCAUCGCUCCGGCCAUCGAGGCUUCUUUCGCCGCCGGAUUUGACUGGUGUGUGGACUUGGUGAAGAACUCGCCGUAUGUGGAGCUGGCCAAUGACCUGCAAUUAAAAAAGGCCAUGACCUUCUUCAGACAGAUGCACUUCGACCAGGCCAUGAAAAUCCUGAAGGAGGUCGCCAAGCAGGACAGCAGAGUUAAAAGCGCCGCGGCCAACAACCUUGCCAGUCUCUUCAUCCUGGAGAAAGACUACGAGCAAGCGGAGCGCUACGCCGACCUGGCCGUGAACGCGGACCGCUACAACCCGGGAGCCUUUGUGUGCAAAGGCAACACGGAGUUUGUUAAGCGCGAUUACGUCAAGGCGGCCGAGUUCUUCAAGGAGGCGCUGAGGAACGACUCCUCCUGCACCGAAGCCCUCAGGAACCUGGGUCUGACGUACAAGAAACUGAAUCGUCUGGAGGACGCGUUGGGCUGCUUCCUGAAGCUGCACAGCAUCCUCAGGGACAGCGCCGAGGUCAUGUAUCAACUGGCAGACAUCUACGAACUCAUGGAGGACCCUCAUCAGGCGGUUGAGUGGCUGAUGCAGGUCAUCAGCGUGGUCCCCAACGACCCCAAAGCUCUGGCCAAGCUGGGAGAUCUGCACGACUUGGAGGGGGACAAGUCGCAGGCUUUGCAUUACUACUGCGAGUCUUUCAGGCUGUUCCCCUGCAACAUGGAGGUGAUCGAGUGGUUGGCCGCCUACUACGUGCAGACGCAGCUCUACGAGAAGGCCAUUCACUACUUUGACAGGGCCAUACUUGUGCAACCGAGUGAGGUGAGGUGGCAGCUGAUGGUGGCCAGCUGUUACAGGAGAAGCGGAAACAGUCAGAAGGCUCUGGAAACCUACAAAGAAAUCCACCGCAAGUUCCCAGAAGAUCCGCAAUGUCUUCGCUUCCUGGUGCGGCUGUGCCAGGACAUGGGCCUCAAGGAAGUCCACGACUACGCCAGCAAACUCAAGAAGCUGGAGAAGAUGAAGGAGCUUCGGGAACAAAGAGCCAAAGCUGAGCAGGAAGUAAGUACAAGAAGCCGAAGGACCGACAGUGCAGCCUCUCCUACUGAGAACACAUCAAGUGUUCCCAAAGGCGAGCGUGCGGCCGCCCCUGUGACGUCACUUCCCGCUUCCGGCAAGCUUUAUGAGAACAGCGGCAGCCCCAAAGAACUUGACGCGUCUUACAUUGACCCGCUGGGGCCCCUCGCCGACCCGCCCCGGGUGGGCGCCAAGAAGCAGGCGGACGACGACGUCUUUGCCGGAGAGGACCUCGGAGACGAGCUGCUGCCCGAGUAGAGAACGCCAACGUCGUGUCGCAUCUUCACCGCAUCCCUCAUUGUCCAAUCAGCAGCCAGGAUGUUCCGGAUAGCUCUGCCCCCUUCACCCCCUUUCGGCCAAUCAACAGGAGAGCAGCGGUGACGGGUAGUUGACGAAGCAUCGGAAGUCGUUGGACAAAUUGCGCUCGUGCUGAGGCAGGAAGUGAUGACACAUUUGGACGUCCAAAAGAUCCUUGGCUAGUUUUUCCAUGAUGGCUCCUGAACGCAACACAAGAUACUAAGCUAAAUGUUGACACAACACGUCUUGAAAUAAAAUAUUUUCUCGUUGUUGUAGCGGA